AUGGAUCUGGAACGAUUGAGGAGAAGAAUGGAGCGACUGCGGGCACACCACAACAAAUGUGAAGCGUCUGCAUUAAAGGCAGUGGAAGAAGAGAAGUCAGCAAAGGUGAAAGUCCUCCAUCCACCUCGGCCUCACAGAGACAAAGAGGAGGAGGAAGAGCAGAGAGAAAAGGGGAGUCAGAUGAAGGUGCUGAUGUUGGUCUGUUGCACUGAUGGAGUGAGUCCGACCAAACAGCCCUCACCUCAGAUCAAGAAGAAGAGGAGAGCGGUGUAUGACUUCUCCCCUCAGAUAUCAUCAGACCACUGCAGUGACGACCAGGCUUCAGAGGUUGAAGAUCAAACUCACGAAGUGAGCAUGACCAAACCCUCACCUCAGAUCAAGAAGAAGAGAGUGGCCAAGGGGAAAGCAAACGUUGUGAAGACCACCACGAUAACCAAACGCCCGUGGAGGGAUAAGGAGAGAAGGGCGGUCAGUAAACAUCUAAGUAGCUUCAUUGCGCAACGCAGAGUUCCAGGUAAAGCCACCUGCAUGAAGUGUCUUACUGAAGAAACCGCUCUCAGGGAGCGAACGUGGACGGACAUAACACAUUAUAUUGCGGCCCUCUUUGGCAUUUCUCAGGCAGCUUCUUGGUGAUUUAUCAGAAAAAUGCUUAGUGAAUCAAUAAAAUUGAAUGUGUUUGUAAAGAUUAUUUGAGUAUUUAUUCUGCUGCUGGUGUUUAGUUCAAUAAUG